ACUCGAGUGAAAACCAACCAAAACUUCAACCGUUUCACACAUUCACAACACGUCGUCGGUCGUCGCAUUUCAUAUCGGUCUACACCCAAAAAAAAUCUAAAGAAAAUGGCUUCAGGAGUCACCGUAUCAGACGUCUGCAAAACGACCUAUGAAGAAAUUAAAAAGGACAAAAAGCAUAGAUAUGUUAUCUUUUACAUCAGAGAUGAGAAACAAAUCGAUGUAGAGACUGUUGGUGAACGCAAUGCCGAAUAUGAUCAAUUCUUGGAGGAUAUCCAGAAGUGCGGCCCCGGCGAAUGCCGUUAUGGUCUUUUUGACUUUGAGUACAUGCACCAAUGUCAAGGUACCUCAGAAAGUUCCAAAAAACAGAAACUUUUCCUUAUGUCCUGGUGCCCUGAUACCGCCAAAGUUAAGAAGAAGAUGUUGUACUCCAGCUCCUUUGAUGCCUUGAAGAAAUCCCUUGUUGGUGUCCAGAAAUACAUUCAAGCUACCGAUCUUUCUGAAGCUUCUCGCGAAGCGGUCGAAGAGAAGUUACGCGCCACUGACCGUCAGUAAGAUGAAUGAGUUUUACCAUUUAAACACCAACCACCACCACCAUAACCCAAAAUCCAAUUACAUCAAACACAAAACAAUAUUUGUAUUUUGAAGCAGAAA